CCUGCAAUCCGACUGGCUGGAAGGGAAAGUUAUUCUUUUCAGGUGCGCGCCUGUAUAAAUACCUCUGGAGUGUGCAUCCACCCACAGGAAACUUCCCAUGCCCUCUAUCACAUCAGCUCUUUUGCCAUGAUCUCUGCACAGCAGCCACCAUUCCCCAACAAAAUUCAAAGAACAAUGGGCUGCCAAUCCGAGGAAGAAGAAACCUGUGAAGAGCAGUAUGACUCUGAAAACUGCACUUGCAGCUCUGAGCAUGCAGAAUCUGACACAGCCUCACCAGUAACUCUCAAAAUACUGCAGAACUGGGUUCCUAGAGUUUCACACUACUUUGAUAAGGAGCACUAUACGUAUGUUGGCCAUCAGAUUGUCAUUCAGGAGUCCAUAGAACACUUUGGAGCUGUGGUAUGGCCAGGGGCACUGGCUUUAUCUCAGUAUCUGGAAGCAAAUCAAGAACAAUUCAACCUCAAAGAUAAAAAAGUUUUGGAAAUCGGUGCUGGAACAGGCUUGCUUUCCAUUGUGGCCUGUAUCUUAGGGGCUCAUGUUACAGCUACUGAUUUGCCUGAAGUUCUUGAAAAUCUCUCAUAUAAUAUUUCAAGAAAUACACAGAACCUGAACAUGCACAAACCUGAAGUGAGAAAACUGGUAUGGGGAGAAGGCCUCAAUGAAGACUUUCCUGUAUCAACUCACCAUUAUGAUUUCAUACUGGCAACUGAUGUUGUGUACCACCAUGGAGCUCUGGAGCCCCUGCUAGCAACAAUGGUGUACUUUUGUAAGCCAGGAACAGUAUUGCUAUGGGCAAAUAAAUUCAGAUUCAGUACAGACUAUGAAUUUUUGGAAAAAGUUUGCAAUAUCUUUAACACAACCAUUCUAGCAGAAUUUCCAGAAUCAAAUGUCAAGCUGCUUAAAGCCACAGUAAGAAAGAAUUAAAGAGAAAACUAUUACUGAUCUUGAUUUAGUGGCAGCACCUCAAAAAUUGGAAUGCUUUCCAAGA